AUGCCGCACCCCCAAGCCCCAUUCAUUGCGGGCCGGUCAGCCUGGUUUCGUUUCGGUUCCGUGCACGGCGACAGGCCGUGCCCAAGGGGCGCGGGCGGCGCGCCGGGCCCUGACCAUCUGGCCGCGCUAAUUCCCCGACAAGCAGAUUUUGCUCCCGCCUCCGUCCAGGAGAAACUGACUGGCUCCUUGCAGCUCGAUCCUCUACACCCGCCAGGCUCCAGCAACCCGCUUCCCAAAGCACUCCGCCGCAAGGGCUGGGCUGGGGUCACCGGCAGCGGCGUUCCGGGGUCUCGGGGGUGGCGCCCAGUCCCAGAGGCAGGGCGCGCGACCACCGCGCCUCCCUCCCCGCUGUUGGCGACCGCUUCACUCACCCCGUGGGCGCCGGCGGGCGGGGUAGCGGCGACUGGUCCUCCGCGGGCAGGGGCGCGGGCCAGCCCUGCCCCCGUGCUCAGAGAGCGGCCAGGAAGCGGGAGCUGGGUCCACGCUGUUGGUCGGCCUCGCCGUGACGCGAGGGCCGGGCGCACGCGAUUGGCUGCGGAAAUCGCAUCACCGCCGGCCUGGGGAUCGUGGCGGGGUCGCGUGCCCGCCCACAUCCGGGGUCGUGUGAAAGCAGCACCACCCCGAGCCGCUGAGGCCAGCUUGCCGCGCGCACCCGAGCGAAGUGGGCCAGCCGACCACCGCCAGCCCCUAGGGCCGGGCCCGCCGCCUCCUGGGACCCGGCUCGCAGUCCUCCCGGACCUGGCCCGCCGCCCCUUGACCAGGCCCGCCGCCCCCAGGGUUCGUCUCUCAGCCCCCCAGGACCCGGCCUGCCGUCCCAGGACCGCCACCGGAGUGUCUUCCUGGCCUGAAGGUGAGAACAGCCUGGCCCACACCUUGACUGCAGCUUCGUGAGACCCUGAGCAGAGAACCCAGCUGAGCUGUGCUGCCUCCGACCCACGGACACUGAGAAAAUAAAUGUGCUGUUUGAAGUUGCUAGAUCUUCAGUACUUGUAUGGGAUAGAAAACAAAUACAGCGAGAGACUGCCAACAUAUAUAU